AUGUCCGAAACAACACCAACGGAGGCUCACGAUGACGCGUCUGCAGACACAGACAUGAUCCUAGACGCGCCGUUGGCCGUCUCCUCAGCGCCGCCAUCACCAUAUUCAAGCCUUGGGGUUGCGCCAACUCGGCCUUCAAUGCAGCCCGAACUCUUUGAACAGUUCUUGUCAUCUGGCCUCUUGCGACUGUAUGCAACGGAAACCGAGACGUGGAUCCAACCUUUCUUCCGGGGUCUCGCAGAGCAGAGCGAAGCAUUCGUCUACGUCUGCAUCGCAAUCCAAGGAUACCUGAGUGACAAACAGCGAGGCCUAUCUGUGCUAUCAAUGGAACGUGUCGAUCACGCGCUGCAGUCGUUCCGAGACGAGAUAGCCUGCCGAGCCAAAACCCUGCAUGUCGCUACGACCUGCGCUGGCCUCCUGAUGUGCACGUUGUUGCUUCUACAAGGCCGCCCAUGGACGUUCCAGAUCCACCUCAUGGCAGAUCUGUAUCAGCUGGCAUCCGAGAUGCCGGAUACUGAGCACGACGAGGCGAAACGUCACGUUCUCGAGGUCAUGGGCGUCAUGGACCUUCCAAACAUUGUCCUUGGCCGAUCGAACCCCUCCAUCGGCAUUUGGAAGCGGUUGCGCGAGACGCAGGAUGCUUGGCCAACUGGACGUGUAGGAGGCGUUGAGGUUGUGUCGGGUGUGCCUCGGUCCCUUCUCGACAUAUUCGCGGGCCUCCUGGACAACGAUCCCGAGUACACGGAGAGGAAGUUCUCCCGGUGGCCCGGUCACGUUGGCAACUAUCUGCAGUGUCAUCUCUGGAGCUCAUGGCGUCUGGCCGGCAUCCUCGAAGUGCGGCGCCGCCAGAAGCUGAAGAUACGCAGCGAAUGCGAUCACCAGCCAUCAACAGAGAUCGUAUUGUGCCAGCUCAUGGCCGAUAUGGAUGCGCUGUACCGCGCGAGCCUGAUCCCGCGUAACGGGCACUUACUCGUCAAGAAUGCUUUGGCCUACCCGUUGAUGACUGCAGGCCUGGAAGUUGGCCUGCUUCGACAGCACAGAGAGUGGAAGGAUACGAUAGAUGAGAUACGAGAGCACUUCAUGCAGAGAGAUGACUUUAAUCUCAUCAAGGUGACGUUUGAGCUGGUUGAGGAAGCCUGGGUAGACGGGUCAGACUAUUUUGACGUCGGUGCAGCAGCUCGCCGACGUGAGGUUGAGGUUGCACUGUUCUAA